AUGAAGUGCCGGACUUGGAGUGAAGCGAGGGUCUACACGACGGCUAAUGUCAGGCGUGGCCAGGCUUAUUGGGAUUAUGAAAACACGGUAAUAGAUUGGGUCCCCAAUAACGGAACCUAUGAGAUUGAAACUAAAGUUGGGCGGGGAAAAUACUCAGAAGUAUUUCAGGGCGUGCAGUUGUCAACUAAAUCAAAAAUUGUGAUUAAAAUGCUGAAGCCCGUGAAAAAAAAAAAGAUCAAGCGUGAAAUUAGCAUUCUCACGAACUUGUCCAACGAGACCAACCCCCCUACUGCACAGCCUUUUAAUAAGGAUGCUUACUACGAAAAUAAGAAGGAAGAGGUGCUGCAAUUUACCAGGUCAGAAGUUUACGAGCUUGCCCACGACGGCCACAAAAAUAUCAUUCAGCUAUUGGAUGUAGUCAAGGAUCAAGUCUCUAGAACUCCCGCCCUUAUAUUCGAGCACGUCGACAACGUCGACUUCCGUACUCUUUAUCCAACUUUUACUGAUCUUGACGUCCGCUUCUACAUGUUCGAGCUACUUAAGGCUCUUGACUACUGUCACUCAAUGGGUAUCAUGCAUAGGGACGUUAAACCCCACAACGUCAUGAUUGACCAUAAGCGGAAGAAACUGAGACUUAUAGACUGGGGUCUCGCUGAGUUCUAUCACCCCAACAUGGAAUAUAACGUGCGCGUCGCUUCCAGGUUUUUUAAGGGGCCCGAGCUUCUUGUCGAUUACAGAAUGUAUGACUACUCUCUGGAUUUGUGGUCCUUUGGUACUAUGCUAGCUUCAAUGAUUUUUAAAAAAGAGCCCUUUUUCCACGGGACUAGCAACACAGAUCAGUUAGUCAAAAUUGUUCGCAUCCUUGGAAGUGAUGACUUUGAGAACUAUCUCAACAAAUAUCAGAUUACUUUGCCCCAGGAGUUUCACGACAUAGAUCAAUACAUCAGAAGACCUUGGCACAGAUUCGUUAAUGACUCAAAUAAGCACCUAUCAGGAAAUGGCGACAUUAUAGACUUGAUUGAUAAUUUGCUGCGUUACGAUCACCAAGAGAGGCUAACAGCCAGAGAAGCCAUGCAACACUCAUGGUUCGCACCAAUUAGAAGAGGUGAAUACAAUGGUGAGCCCGACGCUAAAUAG